GUCUUUCCCCGUCUUUGAUCUGUCUCCUUCAAUUCACUUGCCGAUGUCUUCAAUGUCCACCAUUCCUCAUCCCCAUGAUUCGGCGGAACGGAAAGCCCACCUCUUGCGAGCCAUGUCGCGUCUCCAAAGUCCGGUGUGACCAUACUACUCCGGUGUGCCGACGUUGCCAGUCUCGAGGCAAUGUAAGCCAGUGCUUCUACCACCCCGCACCUUUGACGAAGGGAAAGCCUCAGGGCGUACGCCCACAGCGACGAGCCCCCAAAGAGGGAACGCCUCGGCCGGCAACGCAAGCCCCUAUUCCCAAUCCCGUCUCAGACCAUUCCCAGUUUCUAGGGCCCUCGAGCUAUCUGUCAGUCUUUCGGCACGCUCCGCUGGGUGUGUCCAAAGAUUCCAAUCGGUUUCUCCAUGAUGAAUUCGAGCACUGGCGCACCGACCAGGCGUACGCAUCGGCGCGACUGGUUUAUCUAGCCUCGGCCAUUCCCUUUUACCACGACCAGAUAUCAUGGUAUUACCAGAAAGGCCGUUUCACGAUUAUCCCCGCACCGCUCGUGCUGGACUCCCUGUCCCGAGCACGGGAGUAUAUAGAAAGUAACCCGUGGGAUGUUGCCCGGAAUUGGAAAUCAUUGUACGAAGAUAUCACGGCUGCAACCGCAUUGCCUCUGAAAAUAUCGGGUACCCUCUCGGCGCAGGACUUCUACGCGCUUACCACCGGCCCAAAUCUCCGGUGGGAGCUUCUGGGAUUCGUCUUCACAAUGGCAGGAGUAAGUGUCAUGGGUCGGUACCGCAGUCAAGACGUGCUCGACCUAGGUAUUGGCGAGAUGGACGUAGAGACAUUUACCAAGGAAAUGGUUCUCGCGAGUAAUGCAUGCAUUGAGAUCUGUAAGCAUCGCGGACAAGUCAAUGAUUUGGGGAUUUGGAUGCGAUAUUUGCACGUAGUAAUGUGCACGGAGGUGUUGGGCGAAACUAGUGAAAGAGCGUAUAGCCAAUUCGGGGACCUGGUGUCGGAUAUAUACGCCAUGGGUCUCCAUCAUCCGCCUUUGGAAGAUAUGCCCCUUUUCCUGGCCGAAACAAGAAAACGGAUGCUGUCAGUCAGUCAUCGGGCGGACAAAAACCUCGCCACGCUUUUCGGCCGACCCCCUCGCCUGCCACAUUCCUAUUGCAAUGCAACGCUCCCGUUAGACAUUGCGGAUGAUGACCUCUUGUUAAACGCUCCCUCGCUUCACUCUGUCCUAGAGGGUCUGGAUGAUGAUGGCUGGAACAUUGAGGGCAAGCUCCUCCCCGCGACGGUCAUCCGGAUCCGUCAUAUUCUAUCUACCCUCAGAGAGCAGGUUCUCGAGCUCUCUCUGGGAUGUAAAGCGGGUAGUGAUCACAGUGGCCGUCUUCUAAAAACAUACAAUUUAUGUCAAGAGAUCGCUGACCGGAUCCCUGCCCGCUUCCGCUACAUCCCGACCUGUUGGAAGAGCCUGGAUGCAAUCGAAUGCCUGGCCCGAUCAAUUAUACACUUCGAAUAUCUGUUUAGUAUCUUGCAGUUUCAUCGAAUCCGAUGUCGGGAGAGCAACCAUGAAGCCACUGGUGACUUGCUGGAUACCUGCCUUCAGGUUCUGUCAGUCUUCAUGGAUCUGACCAGACAAAACGAAAUACUGGCGAUUCGGAAACAGUUCCCAUGGAUCUUGUUAGGUUACGGCAUCCCGGCCGCCGGCGUUCUUGUCACGGAACUGCACAGCCAUACCCAAGCCAGCAAACCUCUCCCAUCAGCCGUCUCUCGGUCGGAAGUAAUUCGCACCUUGAGCGUCCUCAUCUCAUGGCUGCAGACUUCGGAAAUGUCACCCUCGACCACAGCCAAGCCCGUCAUGGAACUGACAAAAGUGAUAAGCCGGCUACUAGACGACACCCUGAAUUAUCAGCCCGGUCCUUCCAUACCCCAGGACACUAAUCAAAAUGCUACGACUCCGGCUGGACAGGAGAAUGUUCUUGACUCUGCUGUGUUGGGAUCUGGAAUUGGUGCUCCAUCAGAAGCAUUCGGUAUAGGCCUCUCUGGCCAGGAGUUCUUGAGCUGGCUUGAUGAUCUGGAUCUAGACCUGACGUCAUCGGAAAUAUUUGUAUGAACCAGUCAAUAGACUGUACCUAGGGCGUUUCUCCCCUUGAGUUCGAUGUCAGGGUCUGGGCCUGGUGUUUAUUCCGACGAGUAAUUACAU